GCGCUCAAAUGCUGGCAGGAGGUCAGCACACAGUCCACCGACAUAGCCAUCAAGUCGAUUGCCACGCACAUGGUUGGGUGGAUGCACUACCUCGGCCGGGGCGUCGAGCGAGACCAGCAGAAGGGAGUCAAAAUCAUCCGUGAGAACGAGUCGGACGAGUUUCUGCUCGGGGAGCUCGACUGUCGGACCGAAGAAGAUUUCCAGUAUUGCGACUCGCUUGCCGCACGCAAGUUCUUCAAGCUGUGUCGACUGGGGUCCAAGCAGGACUGGCUGUGCCGGCAUCUCAUGGCCGUUUGCCUGAUCCACAGCUUUGGAGUGACGCAGAACCACGACAAGGCCGCAAGAAUCUUUGAGCAGCUUGCCAACGAGAACCAUAGCGACAGCCAGUACUGGCUGGGACAGUGCCACUACGGCUCCUGGGGAAAGCCAAGGAACUACUCGAAGGCGUUCGAGUGGUUUAGCAAGUCAGCCGAUCAAGGCAACCCGUACGGACAGUGGAUGGUUGGGCACAGCUACUAUCAUCAUGGUGGAGUGUCCAGAGAUCUCGCCAAGGCGGUCGAGUGGUACCGCAAGGCGGCCGAGCAGGGUCAUCGGCAGGCCCAGUAUGACCUCGGGUUCUGCUAUGGGAAUGGCUACGGCGUUGCCAGGGACUGGGAGCUCUCGACAUACUGGUCUCGCAAGUCGUUUGCGCAACACCGCUGACGGAGACAGCACGCUGUCCUGAGAGGGAAACUGUGAUUGUUGUGGCGUUUCCGGGCAUCGGAUGGCGACACAUGGCCCAAAGGGCAGCCGUGCAGUAAAGAGGAAAGGGAGAAACGAGAGAUCGACAACAAUAAAGGGCGGUUUGGCAAUUGCGGUGACGCUCGGCGGGUCCGCCAGAGGCUGUUCGUGGGUGCCUGUGCUUGGCAUUUACAGCGUUUCGUUUUGGAAACGGGACACCUCGCUUCUAACCAGGACAGUACUUUUUUUCUAGAACCUGAGUACACCCACCCGCUCAUUGCACUCAUGGCCUAACAGUAUGUCCAAGGGAGACCGACUUUGUGAUUGUCUUUGGAAAUGCCUCAUGGAAGCAAGGGAAGGGAUAUGCAUCCAGCCCACGGAGACUCCGGUUCGCCAAGUAUUUCGAGCAGUUCAUCCACCUCUGAAGCC